CAUCCUAUCGAACAGGUUCGAUUGCUUCUUAGUUUCCGACGCCACCAAUCUCAGCCGUUCACCUGAACUCGAGCAUACUGUAGACAUGCUCGUGGACUCUUCUGAAUUCUAUCCAGUUUAAAGGCCUUGUCGCUCCCCCUCUCUCUCUCUCUCUCUCUCCAUUUGCUAUUACCACCAUGAGUGCUACUAAAUCUUUGAAGGCGACGUCCUAAUAUCUGUCUGUGUUGUUUCAGUGAACAAUUAGGUUCUUCAUGGCUGCUCAAGCUCUCACAUCUUCAUCCUUAUUAACGCAUUGUUGGUUGAUUUCUGGUUCUAAUAAGACCAGGAUCCCUUUCCUUUCUCGACAUGGUGAAUUGAAAUCAGAGGCUUUAGGUUUAGGCUUAGGUUUGAGCUUGUCGACUCAGAGUUUGGUUUAUCGUUCUAGGGUUUCUGUGCCUUAUGUGAAGAGACGAUGUUCUAUUACCACUGUGUUCAUGAUGUUGCCUACCGCCAAACCAGAAAGGGCUUCCUCUGGUAAGGUUCCUAGAUGGUCAGCUAGGGCUAUAAAGUCUUUUGGCAUGGCAGAGUUGGAAGCAAGGAAGCUUAAAUACCCAAAAACAGGAACAGAAACCCUUCUUAUGGGCAUACUGGUUGAAGGUACAAGUCUUGCUGCAAAGUUUUUACGAUCUAAUGGAAUAACUCUUUUCAAAAUGCGGGAUGAAACUGUCAAGUUACUUGGAAAGUCUGAGAUGUACUUUUUCAGUCCUGAGCAUCCGCCGUUAACUGAGCCGGCACAGAGAGCUCUAGACUGGGCUGUUGAUGAAAAAAUGAAAUCAGGUGAGGAUGGGGAGGUAACCAACACCCACUUGCUUCUUGGCAUUUGGUCUCAGAAAGAGUCUGCUGGUCACAAGAUAAUGGCUACUCUUGCGUUUGAUGACAAGAAAGCUGAGGAGCUGGCCAAAUCUAUGGACAAGGAUGUGAUUCUCACCACCAAGUAGCAAAGCAAUACAAAGAAAAAACAAGCGGUCAAUCAAUGGCGGUGACUUUUUCCAAGUGAGCAAUUUGAUUGGAAGAAGUCGAAAAUUUUUGCUUAGACUUGGAAUCUAGGAGUUCGGAUUUCUAAAGAGGGUCUUCACUGUAACUUGUGAUUGAAAUGGAAUUGAUGCUCCAUCCAUCUCCAUUGUUGUGCGCCACUGGGUUAGAAGCCCUGCUUGCUCCAUUGGAGUUGCAGGGCAACUUAGGCUCAGCACACAGGUUCCAUGCUACUUUGCUUACUCAAUGCUAUGCAGAUGAUAUGGUGGGUGCUCUAAUAAUUAAUUGGAACAUUUUAGAUGAGGUCAUAAUCCAGUGGUGUUCCUUUUCAAAAAUCCAUCUUAGAGAUGGAUUUAGGAUUUGAAAGACAUCCCAAGUUGUAAUAGGUGCAUUUCCUCUUUGGAUCCAUGAUUUUUGUAACUUACUAAAUUAGUACAGACCUGAUAAUAUGGGAAACUUUUGAAAUAAAUGGUGAUGAAUGGUAAAAAAUAGAACUA